AAUAUUUCGGAGAACCAUUGGUGUAUUCGUGCAAAAAUAAAGAGGUUUCUGAGAAAUUGAUUAACAAUAAAGAAAUACAAGAUAACUCGGAAGAAGCUGAUCCAUGGGAACUAUUGAAUCAUUACUCCACACUUUUUACGAAGCUACUUGAUUGCAAUGUCGAUAGGCAUUCUUUUUUACACGAGAAUGAUGUCAUUAUUUUAUUCCCUAUCGCUGAAAUAACACAUGAUUCCAAUAUUGAUGAGUCAGCAAAAAUAAUUCUAGAUAGUAGUGAGACAUUGAUAAGUGCAGAACUCAUCAACACAUAUGGUCAAUUCAUAGCAAAACGGUUUCUUGUCGGUGGAAAACUUACCAUCAGGAAUUACUUAAAUAUGACAGAUAGAAAGAGAAAUCUACUGAAAUCGCACAUUGUAUGGGCAAUAGAGGCCGUAACGAUGUUAAAAGAAAAUAUUUUUCAAAAUAUAUCAUUUCCCAAUAUUGAGUAUGAAAAAGAAAAAUUUCUGAAUGAUCCUGUUGAAUUAAUGAAUUGGAUGAGGAAAAUUUACGACGACAAGGAGGCCAAAUUAAUCUCUUACGAACAAAUCAUCCCAAUUUCGUAUCAAAGAAAUCAGGGUUCAUUACCAUUCUUUAAACGACUAAUACCGGGAACCAGUUUUACAAAAAUGGCCACGUUAAACGAGUGGGUUCGUGAUGCUGCUUCUAUUAAUCUAAUAACAUGGAUUAAGAAAUUUAGAUUAAAUUUCGGAAUGAAGAUCAAUUUGAACACACUUACUUCGGGUGAAAAUGUUGCUAUCAGUUUUAAAUAUGAACCAGAAUUAUUAUUAAGAGAUCAAGUAUACGUGAACAUCAUUCGGUCGAACGACGAAUUUUUACUAAGAAACAAUAUAUUGUGUUCAUUUGAAAGCAUUUCCUCUGUCCCAUUUUUGAAUGAAUCAAUCUCAAAUGAAGGAUUUUUCGAUAAAGAGUUUUUGCAUUAUAUUUUCCGAGGGGAAGAGGUAGAACUAAAACCAUCAAAGUUUACAGAUAAAGUACAAGAAUUCUCAAAUGAAGAAUUUUUAGACAAAGAGUUUGUGCAUUAUAUUAUUAGAGGGGAAAAGGUUGAAUUAUAUCUAAAUAGAAAAUUUAUAAAACCAACAACAAAUUUUACAAAUAUGGUACAAGAAGCACUUGAUAUGCUAAAACCGUAUCAGGCUUUAAAGAAGGUUUUUGAAGACUUUGUGCAAAACAUAUUUCCACAUGAUCAUAAAUUAUUAAAAAGGAUCAUUGAUGAUCUGAAAGAUGAUGACAUAUUUUUAGAUUCGGACGGUCACACCAUGCAAAAAGAUAAUUUGGAAGAUUGGAUAAAAAAUCCGGUCGAUUUUAGUAAAUACGAAAUUAUUGGUAUGGAUGAAUUUAUACCGCUGUAUAAGAUUCUUGAAUUUGAGCAAAGAAGGGAAAUAGAGCUAAGGCAGUUGACGAUCGACAAUCAAUAG